GGCUUGGAGCUUCGGACACCUCAGACCGACGGCGAUCGGGCAUCAGACAGCGUCUGAGGCGAGCCUGAGACGCGCCCCCAGGCCCGCCAUGGCCCGGCUCCUCCAGGCAUCCUGCCUUCUCUCCCUGCUCCUGGCGGGCUUCGUCCCGCCGAGCCGGGGACAGGAGAAGUCGAAGACAGACUGCCAUGGUGGCAUGAGUGGCACCAUCUAUGAGUAUGGGGCCCUCACCAUCGAUGGGGAGGAGUACAUUCCCUUUAAGCAGUACUCUGGCAAAUACAUCCUCUUUGUCAACGUGGCCAGCUACUGAGGUUUGACAGACCAGUACCUUGAACUGAAUGCACUACAGGAAGAGCUUGGACCAUUUGGUCUGGUCAUUCUGGGCUUCCCCUGCAACCAAUUCGGAAAACAGGAGCCAGGAGAGAAUUCAGAGAUCCUACCCAGUCUCAAGUAUGUCCGACCAGGUGGUGGCUUUGUUCCUAAUUUCCAGCUCUUUGAGAAGGGGGAUGUGAAUGGGAACAAAGAGCAGAAGUUCUACACUUUCCUGAAGAACUCCUGUCCUCCCACCAUGGAACUCCUGGGCUCAUCUGAACGCCUCUUCUGGGACCCCAUGAAAGUCCACGACAUCCGCUGGAACUUUGAGAAGUUCCUGGUGGGGCCAGAUGGCAUACCCAUCAUGCGCUGGCACCACCGGACCACAGUCAGCAAUGUCAAGAUGGACAUCCUGGCCUACAUGAGGCGGCAGGCAACCCUGAGGGCCAAGGGGUAGUUAACUGAUAUCCGCUCCACCCCAUGUCCACCAUGAAGGGGCUGGGGAGGGACUCCAUUCAGGAAGGAAUCCAUGUUCCCAAUCACAUCAGACACAUGUCACAGACCCCCUUCUUAUUACACAAGGCCCCAGCUUGACACAAAUGUGUGCAUACAGUUGUUAGUCUGUACUACUGUGCAUGUGGGUGUUUGCACACCUGUGAGAAUACCCGAGAAUGUUCCACCUGUGUGCCCACAGCUGUGUGCCCUGCAGAGUACUGGACACGAACACCCUUUCCUCUCCAAUUCUCAUUUCAAUGAGAACAAUUUGGUUUCAGCCCAAAGGAAAAAAACAGUGCUAGGUCCAACUGUACUACUCUAACUUGAUCUCAGCCUUGGGGCCAGCAUCUCCCACAGUCUCCAAAUACCACCACUGAAGUUACCAGAAGUUUCUGGGUCUUCCACACUGCCUAACCACUCUUCCCCUUCCUGAAGGGCCUUCCCAAGCACCUGUCCCCACCCACAGUGCUCCCUGAGAUCAGCCAAGGCAGACGUGAGAGUGAGGGCCACUUACCCCAUGACAGGGGUGGUGUCUCUAUGAGGGAGGGGCCCGAAGCCCUUGUGGGCGGGCCUCCCCUGAGCCUGCCUGAGAGUCCAGCCUUUAGUGCAUUCGGGCUGAGACCCCUGGCAGGGAUGCCACCCCGCUCCUUUGGAGGACGUGUUCUCUCCCCUCGCCCUGUCCACUGGCAUUGCUCACAACCCUUCUGCCCAUAAAGGCCUUUCUGCAGCAGCUCAGCCUACUGUGGUGCUUCCUCAAUGGUGGCUGUCCCAGCAUGGUGGGGAGAUGGUUAAGGACAGAAGAGAAAGGACAGCGUGCUCUGGGCCCUGCUUUUUGUUUUUCAUCUAGAUGCACUCUGCUUCUCUUACUCAGCAUCUUGAGUUCAUACAAACCAGUUCACAUCAACUCUCACUUCUGCUCACAGUUCUGCAAGGUGGCUAGGGCUGAGGAGUUCCAGUUGAAAGAGGAAGAGACUGAGGCUCAUGCCUUCCCCCAGGUCUCCUGGUGAGUGGGAGGCAAAACUUGAAUAUAAAGCAAGUUCCCUUGACUCCCAGCCUAGUCUCCUUCCACUGCCCCCCAAAUACUGCUAAUGCUCAGGGAAAUGGGAGAAAGGGGUGUUGAACCAGGAGAACAGCAUUCUGAUUGGCUGAGAGGGAAACAUUAGGACAGAAAAGAACACUAGUCACAGGAUGUUGAUUUUCAACUUGGAUUUAUGUCCAAGAUGCGUGCAAACAGCUGCCUAGGGACAGUCAGCCACUCAGAUGUAGGCCUCUGACACUAUAAACCUCUAGUGUGGGGGCCGAGGGCUUGAUCUCCAGGGUCUGGCAGCUUUAGUCUGGGGUCCCUCAGUAGGUGGCUGGCCUGGCCCUCAUCCCAGGCGGUGAUGCCUCUCGUGAGGCUGUUGUUGGUAGAGUGGCCCCAGCAUCAGAAUACCCUGUCAUUCUCUCCUGCUCUGGAGACAAACCCAUUCUUCCUGCAGCUCCUCACAGAGAUGGUAGGGAUGGACAUCAGACAGGUCCUGCUGCAGAGCUUGAAGCAAAAAUUAAAUACACACAUGAACUCGAUGUGGUGCCUGGAGGGGCUGGAACCACGUCUAUGGAGGUUCUGAAGGAAGGGAUCUCGGCUGCAACCCACUCUGAAGAUGGAAGUCCAGCUGCUUCAGUGAAGGGUGGAAGGUCAGAGCUGAGGGAGGCCUCUCAACUUGGUGACAGUAGGCAGAGCAGUGAGUUUCCCCUAGUCAUGCCCAGAUGAUGAGCCCAUGUGGAAGCCUCAUGGCUGGAGCCUCCCCAGUCUUGUAAACAGUUUAGGGUCGGAGGUGUGAGCCAUCUGUGUACCUCAUCCUCCUGCCCAGCUGCGGCUCUGGCCACAAAGAAUGUGUGGCCUCUAGUUUUUCGGUAAUCUGAGGUCAGCUGGCUUUCCAAGACGAAGAUGGAGCCAAAUGACAUGACCUGGUCUCACUGGGGCCCCUCACGGUCAUUUUUUGCAGAC